AAUACCCUUCUGAACUGGCUCGCGCUCGUUCGUUCUGUUGGUUUCGUCUGGGCAGCAGCAGCAGUUAGUGGUGCGUAGUGCUUAGGCAGCAAGGCUGCAUUAGCAACGUACCGAACAUCACUGCGCGUGUCGUCUCUGCUGUUAUUGCGUUGUCAAGUCGUAAGGACCCCCCUGCACUACUGCUGCUGUGUUUCGUAUCUGAGAAGUGAAACUGUGCUGCUUGCGUUCAGGCCAUAGAGCGAGCAAGAGGAGUGUGUAGUCCGCUACCAUGGCCGACGUAAAAAUAAGUAUGGACGACAGAGCGGGCCAGUCCUCAAUCUUAGAUGAUUUUUGCUACAAUAACAACGUGUCGAAAGCAAACGUCUACGUUCGACUCGGUUUCCUGCGCAAGGUUUACGGCAUCCUCAGCAUUCAACUGCUGGCUACCACGGUGAUUGCAGCCUUCGGAAUGUUCACGCCAGCUGUCAAGCUCUACAUUAGCCAGAACCACUGGAUGGUGGUGGGGGCAUUCUUCAUGUCCAUGGCCCUCCUCUUGGCUCUGAUGGUGAAGAGGCGGGAGACACCCACAAACUACUUUCUCCUGAUGGGCUUUACUCUUGUGCAAGCUUUCACCGUUGCUGUUGUUGUGUCCUUCUACGAUCAGAUGGCAGUGCUGCAAGCCUUCCUGCUGACGCUGGGCGUCACCGGUGGUCUCACGCUCUACACCUUCCAGAGCAAGCGGGAUUUCUCAACAUGGGGGGCAGGACUGUACGCGUUCCUGAUGGUUCUGCUUAUGGGGAGCCUGCUGCAGUUCUUCCUCACCUCUAGCCACCUCGAGUUUGUGCUCUCACUUGGCGGUGCAGUGCUGUUCUCUUUCUUCAUCAUCUUUGACACCCACAUGUUGAUGCACCGCGUCUCUCCCGAAGAGUACAUCCUGGCUACCAUCGAGCUGUACCUGGACAUCAUCAACUUGUUCCUGCACAUUUUGCGCAUUAUCGGGGAGUCAAGGAGAAAUUGAUUUAAGGAGGGUACUUGGCAUCCAAGGAGCCCUAGCUUUUUUUUUUUCUUUAUUUUUUUUUCCGUUGAGGUGUGAAAGGCUUCAAUGCUAAUCAAGACAGUGCUGGCAUUCCAAUGGAUUGAGCAGAAGUGAUGGAAGUAAAGAUUUACCUUGUCAAGG